UCUGGAACUUUGAGCAUGCCUGUUUUGGACAGAAAGCCAUCAAGGGACCAAGGGGAUCACAGUGGCCUCCCUAAACUGCCCGUCCCAGCCUUACAUCAAACGUUAGCUAUGUAUUUAAAGUGUAUGAGACAUCUGAUCCCUGAAGAGCAGUUCAGAAGAACCAAGGCAAUUACUGAGAAGUUUGGAGAACCUGGUGGGCUGGGAGAGAGACUUCAGAGAAAACUACUGCAAAGGAGAGAGGAUAAAGCUAAUUGGGUAUAUGAUUAUUGGGUUGAAGAUAUGUAUUUGAAUAACAGAUUAGCACUACCGGUUAACUCCAGCCCUGCUAUGGUCUUCCCAAAGCAGAACUUCAGGACUUCAAGCGAUGUACUCAGAUUUGCAGCACAUCUAAUUUCAGGUGUAUUAGAAUAUAAGAGUCUGAUUGAUGGACAUGCCCUACCAGUGGACUUUGCCCGUGGCCAAUUAGCUGGCACACCAUUGUGCAUGGAGCAGUACUACAGGCUCUUCACCACCUACCGUCUGCCUGGGCCAAAGACAGACACCCUGGUGGCUCAGAAGAGCUGUGUAAUGCCAGAACCAGAGCACAUCAUAGUGGCUUAUAAAAACCAGUUUUUUGUUCUUGAUGUGAUCAUCAACUUCCGGCGACUCAAUGAGAAAGAUCUGUUCACUCAGCUACAGAAGAUAAUGAAGAUGACUGAGAGUGAGGAGGAAAACUUCCCUCCUAUUGGACUGCUUACCUCAGACGGGCGGACUGAGUGGGCAGAAGCUCGUAGUGCCCUCAUUAAAGAUUCUACCAACAGGGACUCUCUGGAUAUGAUUGAGCGCUGCCUGUGUUUGGUGUGCUUGGAUGAACCAUGUGGCAUGGAUCUGUGUGAUACAAACCGAGCCAUGAUGAUGCUCCAUGGAGGAGGGAAGGACAAGAAUGGAGGAAACCGCUGGUAUGACAAACCCAUGCAGUUUAUAGUAGGAGCGGAUGGAUGCUGUGGUGUUGUUUGUGAACAUUCACCCUUUGAGGGAAUUGUGCUGGUCCAGUGCACAGAAUAUCUACUAAAGUACAUGAAAGGCAGCCCUUCAAAGUUGGUGCGAGCAGCAAGUGUGAGUGAGUUGCCAUCUCCAAGACGCCUGCACUGGAAAUGUUCUCCAGAAAUCCAAAAAUUCAUCACCUCUUCUAUAGAUACAUUACAACGGCUAGUCAAAAAUCUAGACAUGAAUGUCCACAAGUUCAACAGUUAUGGUAAAGAGUUCAUCAAGAAACACAAAAUGAGUCCUGAUGCCUACAUACAAGUGGCUCUGCAGUUUGCAUUUUACAGAUGUCACGGACGACCUGCAUCAACCUACGAGAGUGCAUCAAUCCGCCGCUUCCAGCAGGGUCGCGUGGACAACAUUCGCUCUUCUACUGCUGAGGCCUUGGAAUUUGUGAAAGCCAUGACUGAUAAAAAGUCUAAUCUGAUGGAUGCUGAGAAGAUGGAGAAGUUAUGUGAUGCUAUUAAGGCGCAAACCCAUUAUACAAUAUUGGCUAUCACAGGAAUGGCAAUAGACAAUCACUUACUUGGACUGCAAGAAAUCUCUAAGGAGCUCAACCUAGAGAAGCCAGAAAUUUUCACAGAUGAGACCUACAUCAUCAGUAACCAGUUCAUCCUCUCCACAAGUCAGGUUCCCACGACUGUGGAGAUGUUUUGCUGCUAUGGCCCCGUGGUCCCAAAUGGCUAUGGAGCCUGCUACAAUCCCCAGUCGGAUCACAUCAUUUUCUGUGUGUCCAGUUUCCAUGACAGCCCUGAGACCUCUUCAGACAUGUUUGUGAAAGCUCUGGUGGAGUGCCUGGGGGAGAUGCAGGAUCUGUGUAACACUCAAGCCACACAUAGUAAUGCCAGAGUGAGGACUGAAGAGGCCAGCGAAGAUGUGAGGGAUAGAGGAAAGACAUAG